ACGCAAUCAUGCUGCGCACACCCGAAACUCCAUCUAUGCCUAGGUAUCGCGCGGGCAAGUCUUCGGCUUUUACGCCUCAGUCGCGGAGGGCUGUACAGACGCCGAGGGAUAGAGAUAGGAGGGAACGAGAGCGAAUGCGGGAGAGAGGAGGGGGAAGAGAGAGACGAUUCUAGUUCUUCGGACAGGAUGCGUCAUCUUGAGCGAAGGAAGAGAUAUGAGAAUCCUCCCGACGUAAGAUCACCCCCAACAUCCCCAAUAGUAAUGCUGCGUGUGGGACCCCAAAAACGCCUCUUCGCGGCCCACGAAGCGAUCCUCAGCGCAUCCCCAUUCUUCGCAGCCCAAGUCCAGUCUCAAGCCCAAACUCAAACACCGACCCCAAGUCGCACCCGCACACCUCCCCGCCAUCCAAGCAAGCUCAUCGACCUACCGGAUGAACAAGCCGAGGUCUUAUCCUGUGUCCUAGAAUUCCUCUAUAAAGGAGAUUAUUACCCACGACUGAGACACAACGCCACAAAACGAGUCUGGGAGCUCGAGGAUGUAGACACAGAUACUGCAGGCAGUGAUGGAGACGGAGAAUUGAGCCAGGGUGCAAUGGCAACAGUGUAUCAUCAUCGGGCUGGGUGUGUUAUUUUGCGGGAUACGGCUAUUUACUGCGCCGCCCUAAAAUACAACCUCCCCGUCCUCCAACGCCUCUCCCUCCGAAAACAAGGCCUGCACACAAACAUAUCUUGCAGCACGAUCCUGGCCAGUGCGCGCUUUGCAUAUGCCCACACACCAGAUACAGAAUCGAGGCUGCGAGCGCAUUAUCUGGCGCUGAUUGUUAGGUCGCGGUCUACAUUCAUGCGGAGUGGGACUAUGCAGAUGGAAAUGGAGCGUGGGGGUUGUUGUUUUUUGAUCUUUUUGUUGCUUUGUGUAAUCAUAUGGAUGAUUUUCAGACUGGUGAGUUGGUUUCUAGUUCUGUUUCUACUACUUGUUAGGUUGGGUAUUUGUAUUUGGUAUUGUAUGGAUAUG